AAGCUUGCAAGAUCUCAGUUUCUAGUUUGUUGCAUUGCCAAAAUGUCGGUGAAAUGUGAGAUGGAAACAGCAGGGAAGAAGACCAUGCCCAAAGUCAGCAUCGCCAGUUGCAGCAAAGCAGCAGGGGGGAUGCACCUGCAGAGCAUGAUCCACCCACAUCUGAAUGUACCAUAUCAUCACCAUCUUCCCUCCUUUAUUAGGUGCCACAGCCAUACCCAACUCACACCAUUAAUGCUCCAUCCAUCACCCAUCGAGGAAUCAGACAAAACAAGAAGCAGCACAGCCAUAACACCCUGCCAUGGGAAAGACUAAUGAGCGACUUGAUAUAUAGGACGCAAGCGACUCCUCCUUGCAUGUAUUCCUACAGCUCCUUCAUUGUCUUCAUCUCUCUACUCGUCGGGGCGUAUGGCGACAAGCUCCAUAGAAGAGGCAUGCGAGGAAACCAGGGAGUGGCCGCCGGUGGCUUCUAAGAGCUUGCAGCGAGUGGGGAGCGGGGGGAGCGAGGUCAUCGACCCGGAGGGCUGCGUCGAGGUCGAGUUCCGAAAGCUGCCGUCGUCCAAGUAUAAGGGCGUCGUCUCCCAGCCCAACGGCCGGUGGGGGGCGCAGAUCUACGAGAAGCACCAGCGCAUCUGGCUCGGCACCUUCAAUGAGGAAGCCCAGGCCGCGCGCGCCUAUGACGUCGCUGUGCAGCGGUUUCGCGGCCGCGACGCCGUCACCAACUUCAAACCGCUGAACGACGCCGACGACGAGGACGCGGCGGAGCUCUUCUUCCUCGAUUCGCAUACGAAACACGAGAUCGUCGACAUGCUUCGGAAGCGCACCUACCAUAACGAGCUACAACAAAGCAAACGAUCGAUCGGUGCAGAUAAUAAGAAGGGGAUUGCUGGUCGCAGCAACGCGGCCGUGGCAGGCGCCACGGACCCGCUUGCUGGGGCACAGAGGCAACAUCUCUUCGACAAGGCCGUGACGCCGAGCGACGUCGGCAAGCUCAACCGGCUAGUGAUCCCGAAGCAGAACGCCGAGAAGUACUUUCCGCCGCAGAACACAGGCGGCGCCGCCAGCAAGGGCGUGCUGCUCAGCUUCGAGGACGGCUGCGGCAAGGAGUGGCGCUUCCGGUACUCGUACUGGAACAGCAGUCAUAGCUACGUGCUAACGAGAGGUUGGAGCCGGUUUGUCAAGGAGAAACGUCUCGAGGCCGGCGACGUCGUCACCUUCCAGCGGUCGACCGGCACCGACAAGCAGCUGUUCAUCGACGCCAAGGCGCGAUCCGGCGUUCAGGUUCUUAGGCUCUUCGGCGUCAACAUCGUCAGAGGCCCGACGGCGGCCAUCGGCGAGGGCGGAGUGGAUGAUAAUGCUGUCUUUUGCGCAACGGGGAAGAAGAACAGAGAUCAUAUUACGGAGUUGGUAUCAUCACAAGGGAUGUUUAAGAAGCAACGCACAGAAGCUUUGUAAUAUUUCCAGUACUAAGAAUGAGACUGAAACUUUAGUCGAAGACAAUAUGUGUGGCUGAAACUUUGUGCCCAUUACAUGCUAAACAUGACAUUGACGGAAACUUUAUUGA